ACAUUGUUUCGCCGGAAACAAGCAACAACUCAUAUGUUUCACAAACUGCACAAAACUCAGCCAGCCAUCUUUUGUGGGAAAAUCAUUUAUUUCGUGUCGUCAGGGUAAAUUUCAUAAUUGUAAUUAAUGUCAGAGCCACAGUCUUCGCUUUUAUUAAAAAAGCAACUAGCAGAACUAAACAAAAAUCCAGUGGAAGGUUUUUCUGCUGGAUUAAUAGACGACAAUGACAUUUACAGAUGGGAAGUUCUCAUUAUUGGGCCUCCAGACACAUUGUAUGAGGGUGGAUUCUUCAAAGCACACUUACAUUUUCCAAAAGAGUAUCCUUUGAGGCCACCACGGAUGAAAUUUGUCACUGAAAUUUGGCAUCCAAAUAUUGAAAAGAAUGGUGAUGUUUGUAUAUCAAUAUUGCAUGAGCCCGGAGAUGAUAAAUGGGGUUACGAGAAGGCAUCAGAGAGAUGGUUACCGGUACAUACGGUAGAGACAAUUCUUAUAAGUGUCAUUUCUAUGCUGGCUGAUCCCAAUGACGAGAGUCCUGCUAAUGUUGAUGCUGCAAAAGAAUGGAGGGAGCGAUAUUCGGAUUUCAAAAAGAAAGUUGCCAGAUGUGUUAGGAAAAGUCAAGAAGAUUGCUUUUAGGAGCGGAGGGAUUAUAAAUAUAACAGAAUUUUGCAAUUGGAAAAGGGCUAUACACAACAGAAAAACACAUUGAGAUAACAGUUACAUCACUUUAGGUUGCACACAAUAUUGGCAGGCCCACCUGACCGCAGUUGACAGUCCGAGUUGUAGCCGAGUCCUCAUUCUGUUUCUUUUUGCAGAAAGAGUGGAGAGAAUCAUAUUCGGAGUUUAAAAGGAAAGUAGCACAGUGUGUAAGAAAGAGUCAAGAGGAUUGUUCCUAAUUA